CGUGGCUUUCCCUGCAGCGCCUGUUUCCCCGCUCUGCGUCGGUGCUGCAGGUCUGGGAGCUGGAGUCGUAAGCCCAACACCGCCUCGCCAUGGACCCAGCGCUGAGCGACCCGCUGAACAGCAGCGCCGAGACGGCCAGCCCGAGCAACGGCACGACGCGGCCGCCCUCCACACCCGAGGGCAUCGCGCUGGCCUACGGCAGCCUCCUGCUCAUGGCGCUCCUGCCCAUCUUCUUCGGCGCCCUGCGCUCUGUGCGCUGCGCACACGGCAAGAACCCCGCCGACAUGCCCGAGACCAUCACCAGCCGCGACGCCGCCCGCUUCCCCAUCAUCGCCAGCUGCACGCUCCUGGGCCUCUACCUCUUUUUCAAAAUCUUCUCCCAAGAGUACAUCAACCUCCUGCUGUCCAUGUACUUCUUCGUGCUGGGGAUCCUGGCCCUGUCCCACACCAUCAGCCCCUUCAUGAACAAGUUUUUCCCCGCCAACUUCCCAAAUCGACAGUACCAGCUGCUCUUCACGCAGGGCUCCGGGGAGACCAAGGAAGAGAUCGUCAACUACGAGUUUGACACCAAGGACUUGGUGUGCCUGGGCCUGAGCAGCAUCGUCGGCGUGUGGUACCUGCUCAGGAAGCACUGGAUCGCCAACAACCUCUUUGGCCUGGCCUUCUCCCUCAACGGGGUGGAGCUGCUGCACCUCAGCAACGUCAGCACGGGCUGCAUCCUGCUGGGCGGCCUCUUCAUCUACGAUGUCUUCUGGGUGUUUGGCACCAACGUGAUGGUGACUGUGGCCAGGUCCUUUGAGGCGCCUAUAAAAUUGGUAUUCCCCCAGGAUCUGCUGGAGAAGGGCCUGGAGGCCGACAACUUUGCCAUGCUGGGACUCGGAGACAUCGUCAUUCCCGGGAUCUUCAUCGCCUUGCUGCUGCGUUUUGACAUCAGCCUGAAGAAGAACACCUACACCUACUUCUACACCAGCUUCGCGGCCUAUGUCUUCGGCCUGGGUCUCACCAUCUUCAUCAUGCACAUCUUCAAGCAUGCCCAGCCCGCCCUCCUGUACCUGGUCCCUGCCUGCAUCGGCUUUCCGGUCCUAGUCGCACUGGUCAAGGGGGAAGUGACGGAGAUGUUCAGCUAUGAGGAGUCGAAUGCCAAGGAUCCAGCAGCAGGGACAGAAUCCAAAUGCGCAGAGACGGUCAAGGAGACAGAGAAGAAGGAGAAUUGAACCGCCGCCGCUGGGGCCUGCCCGCAAGGACCAACAGCGGGCGAUGGGGACACCUGCGUGCAGCACGGAAGGCGCAGGGGCCAGGGCCACCCAGGACAGGGGAAGGGCCCCUGUUUCGCUCUCAGGCCCUCCUCUGCCCCUCCCCAUCUCCUGCCGACCAAGCAAGCCCUUCGCACCACACCCCACCCCACCCCGGCCCUGGGCGGCAGGGGCGGCAGGUGCGGCAGGGAGGGGAAGGUGGGUCGGCUUUUUUGAUUUUUGUAUGUGGACUGACUGCCUGACAAUAAAACUCUGGUUGCUGGGGCA